AAGCGAACGAUUCUUUCACGAGUCGGACAUCGCUACUCCCUCAGAGAAAUUGACAGCAGCUGGGUCGCCUGUGUGAGCAAACCCGAAGGACAGACACGGCAGAAAAUAAAACUCUGCCGUUUCAGUGGGCUCCCCCUUCCCCUUUCCCCCACCGUUUGAGCGUUCAUAUCACCAAACCGACCCGGACGAGCGCUCUGACUCCGUUUCCCCGCUCUUACAGCGGAGCGGUCAGGACUUUUCUUCCUCGCGAACUGAGACGUCAGUAGCUUAGCUGAGCUAACAGGCUAACACGACUAGCUGGGUUCAGCUACAAGGAGGAAUUACAAUUGUUCCACCGAGAUACACUGAAGGAUGUCGGGGAAGGAGCAGAAUAAACAAUCCACCACCGAUCGGCUCGUCAAAGCAGUGCCGUACCCUCCCACGACGCGGCUCACCUUGAAAGAGCUGUACGAGGACGGCAAGCCCAAGGUGGAGCUUUUGAAGAGCCACCUGGUGAAAGAGGGCCGUCUGGAGGAAGACGCGGCCUUACGCAUCAUCAACGAUGGCGCCAACAUCCUCCGCCACGAGAAAUGCAUGCUGGAAGUGGAGGCCCCCAUCACAGUGUGCGGAGAUGUCCAUGGGCAGUUUUUUGACCUGAUGAAGCUCUUUGAGGUGGGGGGUUCCCCGCACAAUACACGCUAUCUAUUUUUGGGAGACUAUGUGGAUCGAGGCUAUUUCAGUAUUGAGUGUGUGCUCUAUCUGUGGGCCCUGAAGAUCAACCACCCGACCACCCUCUUCCUCCUCAGAGGCAACCACGAGUGUCGGCAUCUCACGGAGUACUUCACCUUUAAACAAGAAUGCAAGAUUAAGUACUCGGAGCGUGUGUAUGAUGCCUGCAUGGAUGCCUUUGACUGCCUUCCUCUGGCUGCUCUGCUCAACCAGCAGUUCCUGUGUGUUCACGGAGGCCUGUCCCCUGAGAUCACCUGCCUUGAUGACAUCCGGAAAUUAGACCGGUUUAAAGAGCCUCCAGCUUUCGGGCCGAUGUGCGACCUGCUUUGGUCUGACCCUGGCGAGGAAUACGGCAGUGAAAAGAGCUCGGAGCACUUUUGUCACAACAGUGUGAGAGGAUGUUCCUAUUUCUACAGUUACCCUGCAGUAUGUGACUUUCUGAUGAAUAAUAACUUGUUGUCAGUUAUAAGAGCACAUGAAGCCCAAGACGCAGGGUAUCGAAUGUACAGAAAAAGUCAGACGACAGGCUUCCCCUCUUUAAUCACAAUCUUCUCUGCACCAAACUACUUAGAUGUGUAUAACAAUAAAGCUGCUGUGUUGAAAUACGAGAACAACGUCAUGAACAUCCGGCAGUUCAAUUGCUCUCCUCACCCGUACUGGCUGCCCAACUUCAUGGAUGUGUUCACAUGGUCACUGCCCUUCGUCGGGGAGAAAGUAACAGAGAUGCUGGUCAACGUGUUAAGCAUCUGCUCAGAUGAUGAGCUGAUGUCUGAGGGAGACGACACAUGCGAAGGUGGCACCCCGGCAGUCCGCAAGGAGGUGAUCCGAAAUAAGAUUCGUGCCAUUGGCAAGAUGGCCAGAGUGUUUUCUGUUCUUAGAGAGGAGAACGAGAGUGUGUUGCAGUUAAAGGGCUUGACCCCCACUGGGACGUUGCCUGUGGGUGUGCUGUCAGGAGGCAGACAGACCCUACAGAGCGCCACCGUAGAAGCAGAGGAAGCACGAGCCAUCCAAGGCUUCAACCCUCAACACAAGAUCCAAAGCUUCGAGGAAGCACGCGGACUGGACCGGAUAAACGAGCGAAUGCCUCCGCGCAAGGACAGCAUGCAGCCAGACGGCACUGCCAACUCCAUCAACGCAGCCAAUUCCCCCGACAAGAAUGGCACCAACGCACAGGCGUAGUAACCCAGCAGCUACCUAGCGCUCUCCCUCAUCCUUUCCUUUCUGUCUCUCAUAUUUUUUUUUCUGUCUCUCCCUCUGUUUUCCUCUCAUUCUCUCUCUUUUUGGUAGAGGUGAUGCCCCCUACAUGCAAAACUCUCCAGGACCAUUUCGGGGAGAAUCGCACAAUACCAUGAAGAGGGCAUAAUGAGAAACAAACCAUGGUUCUUAUUUAUUUAUUGAUAUAGAUGAUAAGAAAUUUAAGAUCUGUAAUGGUGGGAAAAUUGAGAUGAAUGAAUACGUACAGGAUGAAUAUUACAUGUGUAUAUAAAAUACAGAAUAUAUAUAUAGACUUAGCAUUGGGGUGGUGUAAGGUCAUCUUAGAUUCAGUAGAUUAAAAAAAAAAAUCAAUUUUGUAAAUUUACGUUUAUAAAUUAGGUUUAUUUCUGACUUUUUUUUUUUUUUAAACCAAGACUUACUCAUUAGAAUUUCUUUAUUGUCGUUUGUGCGCUUGGCAAAAUAAUUCUUGGCCCAACAUAAUUAUAUAGAAUGCUUAUUUGUGAAUAAUACCCAAAGCGAGUAUGUUAAAUGUUGACGCAAAACAAAAAAAAAAGUUUUGGUAUUGAAACAAUGUGGAAAAAUACCUUUACGAUGCCAACUAUAGCUAAGAUGAGUGCAUUAAUAACAAGUGUUGGCACGUUUAUAUGUACUUGUACAUUUUCAAGUGUUCCCUCAACCAAAUGUGAUGUUUACUUUCUUAGAUUAUUUUUUUUUUUUCUGUUCAUAACUCAAACUACACCAAUUUGUAAUCAAGAAGGUGGGAAAAGCACCAACCCUCCCAGCAGCUUCUCAAGAUGGUUGGAGGAGCGAUUGUGUCUGCAUGUUUUUGUUUACUUUCAACCCUCCGUUUUGUAGUCACUCCCGCUUUUAUAUGCCUCUUUGAUGUGCUUUUGCGCACUUUGACACCUUUCAACGUUUCGCUAAUGCCACAUUGGUUAAAGGCAUGAUUGAACUGCCACGAUUUUAUGCAGAUUUUUAGCUUUAGCAGUUGAACGAAUCCAAUGAUGUGUGCGAUAAAUGUGAUUGGAUGAGGUGGACGUUAAACAUGCCUUACAUCCUGCAUCUCAUCUCGGUUAGAGUAAAUUAGUUAAACCGUUUUUUUUUUUGUUUUUUUUGAUUGCCUUUUAUUUUCAGUUUUUUUUUUUUUUUAUAAUUGUAGCCCACCAGUUGAAUAUUUUAAACUUUAAAAACCCAUUUAAUAGUUUUUCAAUUUAUCUAAUUAAUGUACCUAUAAUAACUAUCUUCAGCGCUAGUAUUUCUAUAGCUGAGCUGUGCGCUCUUCUAAAUGCCUGUAUUCUCUAGAGUGGACCAUUUUCCACGCAUAUGAUUGAACCUGAAGUAAAGCAGAGUUAUUUUGAUUGCUUUUACUGUACUGUGUGUUUUUGAGAAUUAAGGACAGGAUUUGCAAUCUGUUUACCAAAUCGUCUUUUCAAACUUUGUUUUCGUUGUUCUUUUUUCUCUCUACUGUACCAUUAUCAUUACAUAAUAAUCCGGCGACUGGAGAUUUCGCUGCGCAAAGACUCGAACUUCCUGUCCGUUACACAUUUGAGGUCAUGUGCCAUGCUAAUAAAUAUAGCAAAAGUAAUGUGUGCAGGCAUCGAGACUGUCGCUCACAAGUGUAUUUUCCGUUUUAUCUAACACCGCAAGCAGUUCAGGGUUUGUAUGUCUUGCGCAAUCUUAAAAUGAGACUCGGCGAGGGUAAACUUGCAUGCUAUCAUUACUGUAUUUAAAAGUAACUCUCAUCCAAAGAAAAAUCAGUGUUUUAAUGUAAUAUAUGGCUUUAUCAUUGACAAAAAAAAACAAUUGCUGAUUGUAUAUAAUCGUUGCCUCUUCAUUUGCUUGAGAUGAGGCGAGCGCUCAAUCAGCGAAGUAGUCAUGUAGACACUCUGUAACGAAGAAAAACGCCUCUGUUAAGUUAACGCUUUACUUUUUGCGAUAUAAAACACCUGAGAGAGGCCUACGACCUUAAACAGGUACCAAAAGUUGAUGAGUAGAUCAUCACGACCACCUUUUCGUGUCCUCUUUUAAAGUGUUUGUCUUUUCAAGUCUUUGUUUCAUGUAAUGAGCCUCUGCAAACUAUUGUUUUGUUUAGUUUCCUUCAUGUUUAAUUUAAAAGGGGAUGUCUGGUGUGAGAGUCGGGUGGGUUUUGUUUGAUAUCGGAGAGGAAUGGGGGCGUUCAGACCACUGACCCCGUUUUAGGAGGGCUUCUGUUACAAAUUCCAAACAUAUCUUGCAGAAACUACAAAAAAAAUGUUUGACAUUGUCCAUUUAAAAAGGAAAAAAUGAAAGUAAAAUGAAAUAAAAAAUGUGGGGGAUAAAAAAAAAA